CAACUAGACUGUUGCACUCGUACCUCGAGCAGCUUUGCCUGCAGGUGUUUGUGACGUACAGGUCCUAGCGAAGCGACUCAAGAGCUCUCCCAUAGCACCCUUGUUGCCUCCGUUUACACCCAUGAAGUGACUAUUAGACUCGCUCUUAAUUGGUUUGACUCCUUACAUGUUAGCAAAUUUCAUACCAAGUACAUAAAUACACCUGCAUACAUUACUUUCUUGGUUUGGGUGGUGAACUGCUAAUAGACAGAUGAUUAGGUUAACGCGGACAAUGAAGCGGCCAUAGGCGUGGGUUGGGUCGGACGCUCAAUGCUUCAGCUAGAAUCUCGUCCAGAGCCCGUGCCAGCUCCUCCAAGGCAAGGUGCUAUUUGGUGGAGUGUAGCUCCACCAGCAGAGCCUGGGAUCAAUGACCAGAGCGCACCCGAUUCAGGGGCAAUUACAGAAGAGCAACUGCGGGAUUGGCUAAGCUGUACAGCGGGCUGGGAGGCCCUGGAAAUCACCUGGGGGGCGCUGCAGGGCUGCCAGGUCUCCCACCGACAGCUCAAACCGCUGCUGCAGGCGGCCCUGGCGGAGGCAGCCCGCCUGGGCGCCGCACGGCUGGUCGUACGGCAGUUAGAUGUGGAUGCCGUACUGGGUCGGCACUGCCUGGGCCUAGCGCUGGCGGCCUUCCCCAACUUCAACCAGCUAGAGCUCCGGGAGCUGAAUUUGUACGACGAAUGCGUGGGCCACCUGUGCGGCUCGCUGCACUGCUGCGAGGCGCUGCGUCAGCUGCACCUGGAGGCUGUGUGGGCCUCGCCGGGGGGGUGGGCGGCGCUGGGGGCAGCGCUCAAGGUGAACAGCAGCCUGGAGGUGGUCAGGUUGCGUGACUGCCUGCGCUGCCCCGAUGCGCUGCGCUGUCUGUGCGGGGCGCUGUCGGACUGGCGGGGCGGGGCGCUGCGGGAGCUGCAGCUGGGCUGGAACGAGCUGGGGGACGCGGGGGUGGCGGAGGUGUGCAAGGUGAGGGGGACGCGGGGGUGGCGGAGGUGUGCAAGGCCCUAUCUCGCAACGGCGGCGGCAGCGGCGGUUCAACAGGCGGCUGGGGGGUGCUCAGCAGCGGUGGGGGUCACCAUGCCGCCUCCGCCUCCCCCUCCGCCUCCCCCCGCGGUUGGGCCGGACCCGCUCAUGUGGACCUCUCGCACAACGGGGCGGGUGGGGGCUGUGUGGCGGCGGCGGUGGGGAUGCUGCGGAGCUGCAGGGGGCUGCGGCACCUGGACCUUUCCCACAACAACCUAGGACCCGAGGCCACUCGAGACCUAUGUCGCGCGCUGCCCUACGCGCCCCACCUCACCUCGUUGCGGCUGGACGCGGUGGGGGCGGAUGACGCGGCGGCGGAGGCACUGGCGCGGGCGGUGGCGGGGGCAGGCAGCUGCCUGGCCACUGUGUCCCUGGCACACAACCGCAUCAGCCACCGCGGGGCGGCGCUGCUGGCUGGAGCCACCCGCCGGCCCGCAGCCGCGCUGGUGGAUGUGGACCUGGAGGGGAACGGACUGGUUGGGGAGGCGGGCGCCAAGGCCUGGGCGGAGGCGCUGGCCGCUGGUGCGGGGCUGCGGUCCGGGUGCUGCUGCCGGCUGCGGCGGCUGGUGUUGUCGGGGUGCGAGGUGCCGGACGCGGGGGCGUUCGCGCUGGGGGCGGCGCUGCGAGGUAACACGGCGCUGCAGGAGCUGAGGCUGGCGGAGAACCAGCUGACAACGCAGGGCUUGGCUCUGCUGGCCGAGGUGCUCAAGGUGAACCGCUCGCUGCGGCUGCUGGACGUGUCGUUCAACAGGGUGGGGCCGCGCGGCCUGACGCCCUUCAGCCGACACAUGACGGCAGCGGGGGCAGCAGGGGAG